AUGGAAUCCACUUUACGAACGGUUGCAGAAAAACGUAUAUUAUCGGUACGAGAUGUUGAGAAUGAUAAUCGAGAUAGUAUUGGACGAGAAAUAUCAUCUUUGGAGCGUCUAAUAGCUACCGCAGUGACUGAUAUCGCAUCAGAAAUAAAUAAGAAAUAUGUGGAAUGCAUACCUGAUUUCGUUACAACUAAUAAAUUGUUAGAUACAAUUCGUUCCGCCUGUAGUAUCGUAAAUCAUUCUGUCGAUUCUAUUGCUGAUAAUGUAGAAAAUAUGGCGAAGGAAAUUGAGUUAAAUAAAAAAGAAUUGGAACGACUAGAAUCUAUAAAAGAUUGGAAACUGAAAAUGCAUUCGCUAGAGGAAGUUGAAUCACUGAUAUGCCAAUUAUGGUAUUCACCAAAUGAAGAAAACUCUUUGGCUAACGCAGUUCUAUUGGUAGAGUUAGAAGGGAAAUUAAACGAUAUCUUGCAAAGGAAUGAAACUGCUGAUCAGGCAUUCGCAGAACGCAUUGGCCCAACAUUAAAAACAGAAAUUGUAACGCUGCGACAGAGCUUAACCUACAUGUUGAACAGUUUCUGGGAUCAGAUAUUUUCUUUGCGAGAGUUUAAUAACAAAAUUAUUUUGCAUUUGACGGUAUCUAGCUGUGAUGCUUUGAACGAAAAGUUGUCUGCAAUGGAUAUUUUAAAUUUAAUUGAUGCAAAAAUUGGCAAACUAUCAUCUGCUCUGAUGCACCAUUUUUGUAAAAGGUUGAUUGCCGCAAAGGAUCCUACGGAAAUUAUUAUUUAUCGUGAUGGCACUUCCUUCUCGGGAUAUGAAUAUGUGAUACGGAAAGAAAAACCAAUAGAAAACGAAAAGAGAAAACGCUCUGAUCCAGAAAAAGUUCUCCGUGCAAUGCUGGACUUAUUCAAAAACUUAGGCAGAAAUCUUGGUGCAAUGAAAGUUAGUGGAAAAAGUAUGGUUCAACUAAUCGGUGAUAAAAUAUCGAAUGAAGUCGUCGAGUUGCUGGUGCAUGAAUGCCUUACACCAGCUAUUCCCUACGAUUCAAAAGAUAUACCAGCAUUUGAGGCCCUUCUGGCAUCGACAGAUCAAUUUGGCGAGGAGAUGAAGAAACUAGGAUUCUUCACAAACUUGACUGAAUCGUUUCGGAAAUUUGCUGAAAAUUACGAGAGUACGUUUAUUAAUCGACGCUGCAGCAAGAUUAUUGACGAAGCACGGACUCUUAUUGAAGCGCCAUUAACGGAAUUUGUUUCAGUUGGUAGCAGUUCGGAUACGGAUGAGGAUGAAGCUGUUGAAGAAUAUGUUAAAAUUGGAUUAAACAAACCGACAGAAACCGAUAGAAAUGAAGAACAUUAUCCGAAACUGAUGCGGUUGGUGAACUGUCAAGUCAGUAAGACUGUUACCGAAAUAGCAGAUUUAAUUGUAAAAACAUUGGAUGAUGCAGCGAAAGCAGAUUCUGCUUCAGCUAUGGGUAAAAUUUUACAAACAGCUCGUAAUAUAGUUGAACUCUAUGCAUGGACCGCACCUCGAAAGCAUGACUCAGAAAUAUCUUCGGUCCCUGUUUUGGCAGCAAUAUUUUACAAUAAUUGUUAUUAUAUCUGCCAUCGGUUAAUGAUUAUAAUAGUCGAAAUAUUGCCGAAAAUGCGUGACACUAUGCAGGCCAAAAAUCUAUCUAUUUCCUUCACGGAUUUCAUUCCAAAUCUUCGACAAAUUGCUGCUGAAACAAUGGAAAAGCAGUUAACACAUUGUCGUCGUCAGAUUUCUACUCUCUUGACGAAUGACACAAUCUUUCUUGGCUUGGAUGACGUUUCUCAAUGUGAAAAAUGCAUGAAAUGUUUGGAUGGCUGUAUGAUGAAUCUAGAGCAAAUUUCUGGGAUUUGGAAAAAGGUUCUGACCAAAACAGUUUAUGCGUGCUGUCUUGGCAAUGUCAUUUCUUUUUUUUUCAACACACUGAUCAAAAUGUUGUUGUCUACGGAGGAUAUUCGAUCAUCUGAUGCUGAGCUAAGUGUCAUAACACUGAGGAAAGUUUUGAAGAGAUCGGAGAUGUUAUUUGUUAUUGAACAGUCGAAGCAUUCUCUCAUUCAUAAAUAUACCGGAUCUUCAUAUUUCCGCAUCAAGGAGUUAUUGUUUUGUCUGGAUUCAUCUUUGCAGAAUAUUUAUGAUCGUUGGUGCGAUGGAAAAGGACCUCUGGCACUGUGGUUACAUGCAGAUGAAGUGCGCCAUUUGGUGAAAGCUUUAUUCCAGAAUACUGAAAAAAGAGCUCAUGUGUUAUCAAAGAUUAACUGA